AGCUGUCACGCCAUUUUUGAUUUACCUAAAAAAAGGCAAACUUCCUGAUUUAAAAUCUUCCAAUUAUUCGCGAAUAUUUUCUUUCCAAUUUUCCGCAUUCGUAAAAAAAAAUGCCUGAAACCGUGGUAAAUUUGCCUUCAAAGCCCGAGGAGGGCCCCGAAGAAGGUGAAAUUGUUUCUUCAGACGAGUUGGAAGAUAUUUCCGACAGCUCAAUGACCUUUACCCCAAAUGGUAAGUCCUUUUCCAAUAGUCACCAUUUAUCAGCUUUGUCUUUGAGUAGCGUGACUGAAAACGAAAUGGAGGAUAUCUCUGAAAGCCUGGAGAAUUGUCAGAAACGAAGAAGAAGCCGCACUCAACGUCUAAAAAAAAGAAAGAAGAUUCGAAAGAGCACACCCAACUCCGAUAGCAGUGAGGAUGAAAGUAUAUCUCCCACUGCCGAGAGAUUGAAACUGCAACUUAAGGCAGCGGUACAUCUGGAGGUUGAAGAGGCACAUAGAAACAGUUUAAGGACUCGUUUGCGAGCCAUGGUGAAGGACCUCGAACCAGAAACUGAACUCAACUCAUCAGUUGCAACUAAAGAAUCAGUAACUGUUAUAGACCUUGUAGAACAAGAUACAAGCAGUGUAAUUGAGUUACCUGCUGGUGAAUCUGACAUGAAUUUGAGUGGGUUAGAGAAUAAUUCAGGUGACUCUGAAAAUAGCAUAGUAAAGAACAAUAAAAAUGAGGAAUUAGACAAUGAACUGAUGGAGCUCAGGCUUGAAGCUUUAAAAACUGCUAUAAGAAAUAAAUUUUCCAAGGGAAGAAAAAGGAAAAAAGGCACAAAUGAAAAUAAAGAAAAUACUGGCAUUAAUCAUUCUGAAGAUGCGAAAGAAGUAGUUCAAAUACCAGAAAUAUCACCUCAGCCUAGUAUAGACUCUGAAAAUAAUGCUGCACUGUCACCUGAUGAGGAUGAGGACGUUCUUAGGGCUUUGUUACUUGCAUCAAUGUCCAAAAAAAUCAUGAAAAGCCAACCAGAGGUGGAAAAUAAAAAUCCCUCCAAUACCAAAGCUAAAGAAGGAAUAAGGCAAAAUAAGCAUUUUUUAAAUAAAAUAACUAAUUUUAGAUUAAAUAAUAAGGUAAAAAGAGUUUUAACAAAUACAAAAAAAACCAUAAAUAAUGUUCAAAAGUCUACAAAGCUAAUAAAUAUGCCCCAGGUUAAGCCUCUAAUUAUUACUCUUGAUUCAGAAUCUGAUUCUGAUUGGGACAUAUCCAAUAGUCCUCAGAAAUGUAUUAAAAAAGUAGGUGAGAAUAAAAAUAUUGAAACUAUUAUAGAGAAAUCUAAUGAAACUGAGAGUGAAGCAAAAGUGCCUGUAACCAAAGAGACUAUUCAAAAAAAGCCUGAUGAAGAAAUAAUGAGUUCUGUAGAGAAAUUUCUGAAAGAGCAAAGAGCUAAAGUGGAAUCAGAAUUAAACAAAGCAACACCCCCAAUUACUAAAAAGACUACAACAAAACCAGUAGAUUUAGAAAAGUCUGCCUUAAAGUACCUAUCUGAAAGUAAACGGGAGGAAUACAGGAAGCUACAGAACUUACUAAAGAUGAAAAUGAAGAAUGUUCAGGCCAAGAUGAAUAACAAUUCACAAAUAACUGUCAAUCAGAAAAGUAAAGAAGCAGAAACAGUUAUCCCAAAUAAACCUAUUAACACAAAACAAGUCAGUAAACCAGCUGAAAGUACUACAUUAAAUUUGACUGUUCAGAAUUCUAAAAAAAACACCAUUCAAACAUUUAUUUCUAAGAAGAAUUAUGUGGUGAAUUCAGCAAAUAUAACAUUGCAAGCUAAUAAAGUGUUGCCUGCUAACCCCUCAUUGAAGUCUACUAAAUUUACUCAGACAGAAGACUCCAAUGUGCAGCUGCCGAAAGAGUUGGAAGCAAAAGUACAUGCAUUUAAGCUUCAAGAAUUAAAAGCUUUAAAAAGAGACAGAGAAAGGAAAAGGGAGUCUGCACUCAUGAGGGAGAAAUUGCGGGAGUUACAGUGGAAGACCAAUGGAAGGUUACAGAUUCAGGACAAAUACAAAUCCUUAAGACCAUUGGUUAAAACAAUGAUUGACCUGAAUAAACAGCAAAAACACUGCGACCAGGAGGUUGAAAGGUUAACCCAAGAGUUAACCAAACUGAGGGAAAGACAGGAUAUGCUACAUGGAACCAUGUCCUCUGCCAUUGUGGAGUUGAUUGAAGAGAAAAAGAAGCUUGACAUCAGCCCAACCAAAACCAAAGAAUUAACUUUAUCUACCACCCUAGUAACUUCCACUCCCAUAAAGCCUGUAACAGGUAAAAAUUUACAAAGUUUGCCUUCUCCAUUCACCCCCAGUGCUUCAAAGAUAUCAUUUGAACUGAAAAGAAAUAAUUCGCCUAUGGCAAACACGUGGGAGCAAAGCACAAUACGUAAUAACAAGAAUUAUUUGGAUGAUGUAACUUUGUGUCCAAAAGAUUCCUCGGAUGAAUUGACAGUGGUAGAUCCAAAUGAUAUUGAUCCUAUUAUUCAGGAAUCUGCGGCAAGGGUGGCAGUUCUUCAGAAGGAAGAGUGUCGUGAAGAUAAGAGGUUGGACAAAGUGAGAUAUGUGUCUCCAUUCGAUUCAACGAGAAGAAAAGCCAUAGAAGACCCGUUUAAAAUCAUCUGCCCGUUUGAAGUAAAUGGUACAUGUAAGGAUCCUGAGUGUUCUUAUAAUCACUUCCUAAAAUGAUUUAGGAAUCAUAAUAGCUCUUUGUGAUAAUAUAAAUUUUUAGUUGGUUAAGUGUACAUUAUUACAAACCUGGUUUUUAAUAAAGUUUGUUUCUCAAUUUGGCCAUUUGGAGUAGGCUUAAAGCAGAUUUUGUAUUCAUCAUCAAGAAAACUCUAAAAAAGUACAAAUAGUUUGCCAUUUAUAUUAAUAUUUAAUCGUUUAACUUUACUAUUUACUGAUUUUUUUUUAACUUAUUAUUUAUUUUACUAUAUUUGUAUGCUGUACCUGUACUAUUAACAAAUAUUUUUUUAAACCAGGUGGGAUUUAUUCUUGUUGAGUAAUGAAUAAAGAUGGUUUAUACAAAG